AUGACCGUCGAAGCCAAGAUCUGCGGUCUCACGACGCCGGAAACAGUCGAUGCCGCGGUCGAGGCCGGCGCAGGCUUCGUGGGUUUCGUCACCUUUCCGCGCUCGCCCCGCCACAUCGAGUCGCUCGAUCUGCUGAAGGUGCUGGGCGCGCGCGUGCCGCCAACGGUGGUGCGUGUCGGGCUGUUCGUCGAUCCCGACGAUGCGCUGAUCGAUGCCCGACUGGCGACAGGCGCGAUCGACAUGCUGCAGCUCCACGGCGCGGAGACGCCGGAGCGGCUCGCGGCGCUCAAGGCACGCACCGGCAAGCCGGUGAUGAAGGCCAUCAAGGUCGCGACCCCGGACGAUAUCGAGCGUGGCAUCGCGGCCUAUGCCGGUGUCGCCGAUCGGCUGAUGUUUGACGCAGCGGAAGGCACGCUGCCGGGCGGCAACGCCACGGCGUUCGACUGGACGUUCCUGUCGGGCCGUACCGUGCCGCUGCCUUGGUUCCUCGCGGGUGGGCUGACGCCGGCCAAUGUCGCCGAGGCCGUGCGUGUAACGGGCGCGCGCGCCGUCGACGUUUCUUCUGGUGUGGAAGCAAGCCGCGGUAUGAAAUCCAUCGAACUGAUCCGCGCCUUCGUCGGCGCAGUAAAAGCGUUGUAA